ACAUGGGCCUCAUUUUCAAGUUAUAUGCUUCUUCGAGAGCAAGGCCCGGCCCUGAAUUACACUAUACUUCUCAAACAAAUUAAUAAUUAGCCCAAAUUUAAGCUAAAAUUGCUCAAUCCCAACAUUGAAAAUGAAAACCUCAAGUUCGGUCAUGUUGACAAAAUUUACAAACAAAAUAUAAAAAAGAGAGAUCGUGAGACGCAUAAUCAUUCCCCCGCUCGGUCAACGGACAAUAGAUCCCUACCAAAAAAGAACCUCAAAAAUUAGAGUAAAAAUAUAUAACCAAGAAAGAGAAAAAAAAGACAGAACACGAAGAAAAAAAAGACAGAAAAUUGGGACAGUUAGAUAGGUUUUGUAAUUUUUCCCGGCGAAAAUGGAGAAACCUGAAAACCACGCAAUGGAAUCCGAAACUCUUGAUCACCACAAAUCCGAAAACACACAGCAUUCCGAUGAAUCGGAACAACAAUUGGCGACGGAGACUCCCAAAUCAGACUCUUCCCAGCUCAGCCUCACCCAGGUAAUGGAGGCCGUAGACGAUUUCAUCCAAUCCCUCUCCUCCUCCACGGAUCCGCUACGAGAGAUUCCCCCAACGGUGGAGCCAUUCCCGGAGACGGUCGAUUCCUUGGUCUCAAAAAUGGAAUCCUCCGGUCUGGGCCGUGACGAAGCAGAGGACUCUGCAUUCAUCCUCGCCGUUAACCGGAUUUCAAAAUCGGUUAUGACAUUGAGAGAGCUCCGGCUCGAUUCAACCCCGGUUUCCUCGUGGCUAAACCGGGCGAGCUCGGUUCAGAACCGUGCAGCGUCCCUCCUCGACGAAGAGUUUCGUCACCUCCUCGAUCGUUCCAGAGAGAAGAAUAAGAAAAACAACAACGCUGACGUGUCGUCCGAUUCGACUCACGAAUCGGACCGAUGCGUCUUGCAGGAGGAAGAAACAUUCCCGGACUUUCCACCGGAAUCGAUCUCCACCUUGGAGAAGAUCGCCGGAGCCAUGAUCUCCGCCGGCUACGAAGCGGAGUGCUGCAUGUCGUACGAGAUGUCGAGGCGCCACGCGUUCAAGGAGGAGCUGAGCGAGGUCGGGUUCGAAGGGAUCAACGUGGAGGACGUGCAGAGAAUCCCCUGGGAGUCUCUCGAGGGAGAGAUCGCCAGCUGGAUCUCCAUCGUCCGCCGCUGCUCCACCGUGCUUUUCCCCGGCGAGCUUUCUCUCUGCACCGCCGUGUUCUCCUCAGAGGACCACGCCGCGACUCGCAAACGCCUCUUCACGGGGCUCGUCUCCGCCGUGACGAUCCGGUUUCUUGAUUUCUCGGGUGCCGUGGUGCUCACGAAACGGUCCUCCGAGAAGCUUUUCAAGUUCCUUGACAUGUACGAAACGCUGAGAGACUUGGUCCCUGCCGUUGAGCAAUCGGACUCGGAUCUCAUCGAGGAGAUUAAGCUGGCUCAGACGAGGCUGGGAGAAGCGGCGGUGACUAUAUUCGGAGAGCUGGAGAACUCGAUCAAGACCGAUCAAGGGAGGACCGCUGUCCCGAGCGGAGCGGUCCACCCGUUGACUCGUUACACCAUGAACUACCUCAAGUACGCUUGCGAGUACAAAGACACUUUAGACCAAGUGUUCCAAACAGAACCCGAACAAGAGACCAAACGGAACCAAAGAGAAGACGACGAGGAGUACAAAGUCUCAGCCUUUGGUAGACAAAUGAUAAAAGUGAUGGAACAUCUUGACGCAAAUCUUGAAGUCAAAUCAAGACUAUACAGAGAUCCAGCACUACGAUCCAUAUUCCUCAUGAACAACGGUAGAUACAUUCUACAAAAGAUCAAAGGGUCGACAGAGAUUAGGGACUUGAUGGGACAAGCGUGGACGAGGAAGAGAUCAACGGAGCUUAGACAGUACCACAAGAGCUACCAGAGAGAGACUUGGGGGAAAGUGUUGCAAUGUAUGAACCAAGAAGGGAUCCAGGUGAAUGGGAAAGUUUCUAAACCGGUUUUGAAAGAGAGGUUCAAGGUGUUCAAUGCUAUGUUUGAUGAGAUUCACAAGACGCAGAGUACUUGGAUUGUGAGUGAUGAGCAGAUGCAAUCGGAGCUAAGGGUUUCUAUCGCGGCGUUGGUGAUUCCGGCUUAUAGGUCUUUCUUUGGGAGGUAUAAGCAGCAUAUUGAUUCUGGGAGGCAUUCGGAUAAGUAUGUUAAGUAUCAGCCUGAAGAUAUUGAGACUUAUAUUGAUGACUUGUUUGAUGGGAAUCCACCUUCUAUGGCACGUAAGAGGACUUGAAAAAAACUAUGAGUGUGUGACAUAUGAUCUGGUUCCUUUUGCUUCUUCUCAUUUUCUUCUAUUAUGUUCCAUUUUGAUUAUGUUCAUAGAACCGUUCUUGAUAUGAGACUACCAUGGAAACUUUUUGUUUUACUUAUUGUUUUCUCUUUUAAAAGUUUGGGAAUUUUUAUUUUAUUUAACGUCUUAUGUUUUAAAUUCCUUCAAAAUUAUCUAGGGUUGAAGGCACAAAAUUAUCUUCAAAAUGUAUUUGAAUCUUUGUAUGUUUAAGUGAUGAUUUUGAUUCAUGAUAAGUUGAUCUUGUGGUAUACUAUUGUGUAAUGGGUAUUUCCAUAACAGUUGUACGUAAAAAUGUGUAGGGAUGUUGUAGAAACUAGAAACUUGGAUCUACUGAAGCCACAUACAACACUUCAGAGAUUGUAUAUAGAGAGGCAAGAUAUGUACACAAGUUUGGAUUUAUCAGAAUUUCAAAUAUUCCUGAGAGUGGAGAGAAGUAACUUAAUAUCAAUGCAUGAUUUGCAGACUUGGAUUCCAAGAAAGAAAUAAACCAUUUAAGCAAGAGGCACUAUUUCAAAAAGUACAUAGACAACAAACUUCUUAAUGCGUGUGAUUGAUUUACUUAUGAAUGCGUAAAUUCCAGCUGAAGGUAAAGACUUGGUUUGAGGAAGAAAGUUUUGAUGGACUAUUGACGAUGCAAGUUUUGCAGACUUGGAUCACAAGAAACCAACCAAACCCUUUUAUCAACCAAGACAAGGGUAUUGACAAAUAGCACUAUUCCAGUAAUGAAAAAAAAACACAAAUCAAUAAUUUGCGGAUUUGGAUCUUAAUCUGUUGGGUUAAACUUGGAUCUGUAUAACUAAUUUUUUCUUACAGAUCUAAGUACAGUAUUUGGAGCAAAUGUGAAACACCAUAUGUCAAAAUCAUCUCGACCAGCCAAAA